GCCCCUGCUUCACUCCCUGAGGUCUGUCCUGGGGAGACACUGCUGCUCCGGGGGGCUGACCUGGCGGGGAGAGGCAGCGCAAUCCGCUCCCGCACCGCUUUGUGCGCUCAGCCGCCGGUCCCUGGGCUCCCGGGUCUGCCCCCUGGGACAACCCCCUGCCCCGCCCCAGUCAUGCAACUCUACCUGCCUCUCGCCCGUGGACCUUUGGGAAGCUGCCGCCCACCCCGGGGGCUCGGGCCCUGACCCUGCCAGGCAGCCGACCAAAAUCUUUUGCCAGUGAGCUCAGCCAUGUUGCGUCCAGAUUCUCCUCAGAAGUGAGACUUUCCAAAGGACCAAUGACUCUGUUCCCUGUGCCCUUUCAUUUUUUCCUACUCUGUAGCUAUGUCUCGAUCCCGCCAUGCAAGACCUUCCAGAUUAGUCAGGAGGGAAGAUCUAAACAGAAAGAAAAGCAGCCAACUGAAGAAGCCAUCUAAGGCAACCAACAAAAAUGUGGCAUCAGUCAAGACUGUGAGCCCUGGAAAAUUAAAGCAAUUAAUUCAAGAAAGAGAUGUUAAGAAAAAAAUAGAGUCCAAACCACCUAUGCCAGUCAGAAGCCUUCUGACAAGGGCUGGAGCAGCACGAAUGAAUUUGGAUAGGACUGAGGUUCUUUUUCAGAACCCAGAAUCCUUAACUUGCAAUGGGUUUACAAUGGCUCUCCGAAGCACCUCUCUUAGCAGACGACUCUCCCAACCUCCAGUGAUCAUAGCCAAACCCAAGAAAGUUCCACCUCCGAAGAAUUUAGAAAAGCAACAUGAGUGUGAUUAUAAUGUAGUUACUGACAUGGGAGUAAAACACUCAGAAAAUGAUUCUGUUUCAACGCAAGUCCCCCUAAUUGCUUCCGAUAUAGAGAAUCUAAUUGGUGUACAAAAUGCAUCUUUAUUUAAAGGUGAGAGCCAAGAGACAACCCAGUCUUGGUCCCAGAGGGUGGAGGGUUCCAAAGUAAAUGUCUCCACUCAGAGUGAUCCUAUAGUAGAGAUCGUUUCUGGGUCAUCAGAAGGGACACGUGGUGGCAAAGGACUAUUCUCUAAAGAGACUUUGAAUGAUAUCAACGAUUCCCCUAGAAUGUUUGCUCAGGACACUCUGUGUGCUCCUUUGCUCCAAAGAGCAGCCCUCAAGGUUACUUAUGAAGGAAACUCCAGCAUUCAGUUAGAAGAUUUGGGUUCACGAGUAGAAUCUCUUAAGCUGUCUGAUUCAUACCUGGAUCCCAUCAAAAGUGAACGUAAUUGCUACCCCACCUCAAGCUUUAAUAAGGUUGUACCUGAAUUGGACCUUAGAAACUGUUUGUCCAUUGGUGGGUCCAUAUAUCCUACCUCAUUAAUAAAACUCCUCUUGGCGAGCUCAGAACAAGAAGCCCUUGGUGCUAAACCGGAUCAUCAAGAGGUACUCAAAGCUAUCCCAGAUCAACCAGAAAUUCCUAAUACCACCCCUGUCAUAGGACAGGCUUUUAGUGCUGUUCCACAUCAAUGGGAAGUUCCUGGUGCUAACAUAAUUCAUGGAGAGGCUCUGGAUGAGACCCCAGACCCACCAGAGAUGCCUGGUGCUAUUCCAGUCCAAGGAGAGGUCUUUGGUUCUAUCCUAGACCAACAAAUCCUUGGAAUGGGUGGUGGUACUGCCUCCGACCCACCUAUCUUUCUUCCUGCUCCUCUAAACCCAAUUGCUACCUAUAAUGCUCUCCCAGAAUGGCCUGAGCCCCAGAGCACUGUUUCAUAUGGGCUUGAGGUCCAGGGCGCUGUGCAGAUUUUGCCCUUGGGCUCUGGUCACACUCCUCAGGCAUCAUCAAACUCAGAGAUAAGUUCGGUACCUCCAAUAAUGACUAUUAGCAAUAUAGAAAAUGAGAAGCAAGUUCAUAUAAGCUUUCUGCCAGCUAACACUCAGGGGGUCCCGUUAGCCCCUGAGCAAGGACUCUUCCAUGCUUCCCAGGGCAUUAUCCAACUUUCCCAGGCUGGUCCCAGCCCAUUGGAAGGUGGGAGCUCCCAGAUCGGCAUGACCAGCGUGGCUGACCUCAACACCACAGUGGUGUCCAGGCCAGUGUCACUCGCCAGUACCUCUUCUCCUUCCUAUACAACUUUGCUACCUACUUUGGAAAAGAAGAAACGAAAGCGGUGUGGGGUCUGUGAGCCCUGCCAACAGAAGACCAAUUGUGGUGAAUGUACUUACUGCAAGAACAGAAAAAACAGCCAUCAGAUCUGUAAGAAAAGGAAAUGUGAGGAGCUGAAAAAGAAACCAUCCAUCAUCGUGCCUUUGGAGGUUAUAAAAGAAAACAAGAGGCCCCAGAGGGAAAAGAAGCCCAAAGUUUUAAAGGCAGAUUUUGUCAACAAACUAGUAAAUGGCCCCAAGUCAGAAUCCAUGGAAUACAGGAGGAGCUAUGGGGGGGAACAGAGAUUGGAAUUAAACCCACCUCCUCUCGAAAAUGUGACUAAAAAUGAAGAAAGUAUGACAGGUAUUGAAGUGGAGAAGUGGACGCAAAACAAGAAAUCACAUUUAACCGAUCAUGUCAAAGGUGAAUUUAAGGCAAUUGUGACAGAAGCUGAAAAAUUAAAAAAUGCUGAAGAUGACAGGAAAAAAGUCCUACUUACUGAUUUAAUUGAGCCUCAGAAAUUGUUUGCACAAACCGUAAGAAAUGGCAUUAAAAAUGUACACUAUUUACCAACUGAAACAAAUGUGUCUUUUAAAAAAUUCAAUAUUGAAGAAUUUGGCAAGGCAUUUGAAAACAACUCCUGUAAAUUCCUGAAAGACACUGCCAACCAUAAUGCCAUGAGUUCUGUUGCCACUAGUGCGAGCUGUGAUCAUCUCAAAGGAAGAGGUAAUGUUUCAGUCUUCCAGAAAUCUGGCUUUAACUGCAAGUCUUUUCCAGAUCCUGCAACGUUCAACUUAAAUAGUCAUACUAGUACACACAAUGAAAGUGAUCAACCCAAAUCUCUAGAAAAUAUACCAAGUAAAGAACCAAAAGAUGGAUCUCCAGUUCAACCAAGUCUUCUAUCCCUAAUGAAAGAUAGGAGACUAACGCUGGAGCAAGUCGUGGCCAUAGAAGCUCUCACCCAACUGUCAGAAGCCCCAUCAGAAAAUUCCUCACCAUCAAAGUCAGAGAAGGAUGAAGAAACAGAACACAGAACAGCGAGUUUGCUUAAUAGCUGUAAAGCUAUCCUCUAUUCUGUACGAAAAGACCUCCAAGACCCAAACUUACAAGGGGUGCCAGAAAGCCUUCAUCACUAUCCAUCUUUGGAAAAGCAGAGUUCAUGCAACACGGUGGUAUUCAAUGGGCAAAACAUUUCCAAGUCACACAACAGCUCAGCUGCUAACCAGACAACUUCAAAAUCGCAGGAAUAUUCAAAAGUCACAAAUUCAGUCCCUCAUUUUAUACCAAAUUCAAAUUCAUCUAAAAUUGACACCAGUAAAAAUGUUGCUCAAGGUAGAAUUACUCUUGAUAGUUCUAAGAACUUGCAUCAGUUGCCACCAACAGGUGAUAAAUUGGGGCAUUGUAACCAGUCACUGGCCAGCAGUAAAAAGAUAGACCUAAAAGAUGAUCCAUCGUGUCUGAAUACAAUACACAGCAAAAUAGAGGAGGACGUUGCAACGCAGUUAACACAACUUGCGUCAAUAAUUAAAUUCAAUUACAUAAAACAAGAAGACAAAAAGGUUGAAAGUACACCAACAAGCCUUGUUGCAUAUAAUGUACAGCAAAAGUGUAGUCAGGAGAAGGUCACAAUACAACAGAAACAAUCUUCCAGUGUACAAAAUAACCAUAGCUCAUCAUUGACAAAGCAAAAGAACACAACACAGAAAAAGACAAGAGCUACCCCAUCAAGAGAUCGGCGGAAAAAGAAGCCUGUAGUCAUAAGUUGUCAAGAAAAUGACCAGAAAAAACAGGAACAGUUGUCAUAUGAGUAUAGUAAGUUACAUGACAUUUGGAUAGCAUCUAAGUUUCAAAGAUUUGGUCAAUUUGGUCCACAUGAUUUUCCCAUUCUGUUGGGGAAAAUUCCUCCCCUAACCAAAGUAUGGAAACCACUGACUCGAAGGAGUUCAGCAUUAGAACACAAAAAAUUAUUUCCUCCACUCACUCAGAUAAAAUUUGAGCGUUAUUAUCCCGAAUUAGCACAGGAAAGAAACAUGAAGGUUGAACCAUUGGAUUCUCUCCCAUUAUGCCAGUUAAAAACAGAAUCCAGUGGGCAGGCGUUUACAGAAAAAGUUUAUAAUUCUCAGGUACAGCCAACAGUGAAUGUCAAUCAGAAAGCUCACCCUUUACUCCAGCCCUCCUCUCCUGCUAACCAGUGUGCUAACGUAAUGGCUGGCGAUGACCAAACACAGAUCCAGGGGGAUGUUCAAGAACAACUCAUGCAUCAGAAACUGUCAACAUUGCCUGGUAUCUCCCAUGAAACCCCUUUACCAGACCCAGCACAAAUUCUCAGGAAUGUCAAUGUAGUAUGUUCAGGUGGGAUUACGGUGGUUUCGACGAAGAGCGAAGAGGACGUCUGUUCAUCUAGUGUUGGAGCAUCAGAAUUUUCCCCGGUAGACAGUGCACAGAAAAGUUUUAAUGAUUAUGCCAUGAACUUCUUUACCAAUCCUACAAAAAACCUGGUGUCCACCACGAAAGAUUCUGAAUUGCCAACUUGCAACUGUCUUGAUCGAGUUAUACAAAAAGACAAAGGCCCAUAUUAUACACACCUUGGGGCAGGACCAAGUGUUGCUGCUGUCAGGGAAAUCAUGGAGAAUAGGUAUGGUCAAAAAGGAAAUGCAGUAAGGAUAGAAAUUGUAGUGUACACAGGAAAAGAAGGAAAAAGCUCUCAUGGGUGUCCAAUUGCUAAGUGGGUUUUAAGAAGAGGCAGCGAUGAAGAGAAAGUUCUUUGUUUGGUCCGGCAACGUACGGGCCAUCACUGUCCAACAGCUGUGAUGGUGGUUCUCAUUAUGGUAUGGGACGGCAUUCCUCUGCCCAUGGCCGACAGAUUGUACACGGAGCUUACGGAAAACCUAAAGUCAUACAAUGGUCAUCCCACAGACCGAAGAUGCACGCUCAAUGAAAAUCGUACCUGUACAUGUCAAGGAAUUGAUCCAGAGACCUGUGGAGCUUCAUUUUCUUUUGGCUGUUCAUGGAGUAUGUAUUUCAAUGGAUGUAAAUUUGGUAGAAGCCCAAGCCCUAGAAGAUUUAGAAUUGAUCCAAGCUCUCCCUUACACAACUACUAUGAAAGAAUUACUAAAGGACGUAAUCCAGAAAGAAGAUAUAUGAAACCGGAACCAAUCUGUCCGGGACACGAGGCCAUGGAGAAAAACCUUGAAGAUAAUUUACAGAGUUUGGCUACACGAUUAGCUCCAAUUUAUAAGCAGUAUGCUCCUGUUGCUUAUCAAAACCAGGUAGAAUACGAACAUGUGGCCCGAGAAUGUCGGCUUGGCAGCAAAGAAGGGCGUCCUUUCUCUGGAGUCACCGCUUGCCUCGACUUCUGUGCCCAUCCUCAUAGGGACAUUCACAACAUGAAUAAUGGAAGCACUGUGGUUUGUACUUUAACAAGAGAAGAUAACCGCUCCUUGGGGGUUAUCCCUCAGGAUGAGCAACUCCACGUUCUACCGCUCUACAAACUCUCGGACACAGAUGAGUUUGGCUCUAGCGAAGGAAUGGAAGCCAAGAUCCAGUCUGGGGCCAUUGAGGUGCUCGCUCCCCGCCGUAAAAAAAGAACACGUUUUACCCAGCCAGUUCCUCGUUCUGGGAAGAAGAGGGCAGCAAUGAUGACAGAAGUUCUCGCACAUAAGAUAAGAGCUGUGGAGAAGAAAUUCAUUCCUCGGAUCAAGCGCAAGAAUCACGGGACAACAAACAGUAGCAAGGCUUCCUCGCUGCCGCUUUUAGGGAAUAAAACCGAAGCCUUGCAACUUGAAAUAAAAAGUGAAACUGAACCCCAUUUUAUCUUCAAAGGUUCGGACAACACUAAAACCUACUCAUUGACCCCAUCCAUUCCUCACCCAUUGAAAGAGGCAAACAUACCUCCAGGUUUCUCUUGGUCCCCUAAGACGGCGUCAGCCACCACAGCUCCUUGUAAGAGUGAUGCGUCCAUCCCCUACGGGUUUUCAGAAAGAAGUAGCAAUCCCCACUGCACGGUGCCUUCUGCGAGACACAGCGGUGCUAAUGCAGCUGCGGGGGAAUGCACUGGAAUUGCACAGCCUGGCGAAGUGGUUUCUCUGCCCACGCUGCCCGCUCCCGUGGCAGACACCCUGGUUUAUUCUGAGCCGCCCACUGGUCCGUCUGAACAGCCACCUUCCAAUCACCCAAGCCAGCAACCCCCCUUCACCACCUAUCCCCAUGACCUGGCGUCCUCUCUAGUGGAAGAAGACGAGCCGCAUUCUGAUGCCGACGAGCCUCUGUCCGACGACCCCCUAUCCGACGACCCCCUGUCCCCCGCGGAGGAGAAGCUGCCCCACAUCGAUGAGUAUUGGUCAGACAGCGAGCACAUCUUCCUGGACGCCAACAUCGGUGGGGUCGCCAUAGCGCCUGCCCACGGCUCCGUUCUGAUCGAGUGUGCCCGGCGGGAGCUUCACGCCACCACGCCCAUCGAGCACCCCAACCGGAAUCACCCCACUCGCCUCUCCCUUGUUUUCUACCAGCACAAAAACCUGAAUAAGCCCCAACACGGUUUUGAACUAAACAAAAUUAAGUUUGAGGCUAAAGAAGCUAAGAAUAAGAAAAUGAAGGCCUCAGAGCAGAAAGACCAGGCAGCUAAUGAGGGUCCCGAACUGUCCCCUGAAGUUAAUGAAUUGAACCAAAUUCCUUCUCAUAAAGCGUUAACAUUAACCCAUGACAAUAUUGUCACCGUGUCCCCUUAUGCUCUCACACAUGUUGCAGGACCCUAUAACCAUUGGGUCUGAAGGCUUUUCUCCCCUUCUUAAUGCCUUUGCUAGUGCAGUGUAUUUUUUCAAGGUGCUGUUAAAAGAAAGUCAUGUUGUCGUUUACGUAUCUUCAUCUCACCCAUUUGAAGGCUGAGGUAAAAAACAAAAACAAAACAAAAAAAAAAAACAAAAAUGGGGUGGGUAUUUCUUAACUGUGACUAUAUUUUGACAAUUGGUAGAAGGUGCACAUUUUAAGCAAAAAUAAAAGUUUUAUAGUUUUAAAUACAUAAAGAAAUGUUUUGGUUAGGCGUUAACCUUGAUAGAAUCACUCAGUUUGGUGCUUUAAAUUAAGUCUGUUUACUAUGAAACAAGAGUCAUUUUUAGAGGAUUUUAACAGGUUCAUGUGCUAUGAUGUAAAAUCAAGACACAGUGUUAACUCUACACAGCUCCUGGUGCUUACCCACAUCAAAAGUUAAAAAUAAGCUGCAUUAUUAUUUCAUGGUGCCAUCGUUCCAACAUCUUCCAAUCAUUGCUAGAAUAUCGGCAUAUUCCUUUGAAAUAAACCAAUGAAAUGUUUUCUCUCUCAAAAUAUCUCUCCUGUAUAAAAUAAUUCAUUAUUGUUAAUAAUGGUUGGAGGCUGUUCAUAAAUUGUAAAUAUAUAUUUUAAAAGCACUUUCUAUUUUUAAAAGUAACUUGAAAUAGUAUAGUAUAAGAAUCUUAUUGUCUAUUGUUUGUGCAUAUUUGCAUACAAGAGAAAUCAUUUAUUCUUGCUGUGUAGAGUUCCAUCUUGUUAACUGCAAUAUGUAUUCUAAUCAUGUAUAUGGUUUUUUUUUAAUGUGUCCUUUCUCAUGCAAAUAUUAGCUACUUAUAUAAAAUAGUUAGAACAUGCAAAAAUCGUUAAUUUUCUCUAAAGUUGGGAUUAGGAAGCAUAUCACCAAUAUCGAUUAACAUUUUAUUUGGAACUAAGUAAGCGUGGUCUCUUCUGAUUUAUCAAGCAACAGUGGCCCUAAUUUCACUUUCACCCCAGCUUUCUCAAAAUACUCAUGAAAGGUUUUUCCAAAAGGAGAUGGGACAUUGUAGGAUUCAGAAGAGUCAAAUGCUUCUAAAGUUUCAAGGUGAUAAAAUAUAAAAAUGAAGUAGCAAGAACCCGACCCAUUCCAAAUUGCCUUGUUUGUUUUGGUACAGAAUAAGAAUAAAAUUCCCAUAGAAAUCUUGUGAAAACAAAUCCCCUAUUGUUGUCACACAUCCACACAUCCCAAACAGUAGGAGUGGUAAUCUAAGUAUGGUAUUGCCCAUUAAGAGCUAAUCCAAAGUAGUUUAUCUAAGCAUAUUAGUAUUAGGGAAAUAAAAACUCAUCUUCUCUGAUACUUGCCUGUGUUCUAGGUAACAGGAAAAUAGGCAUUCCAUUUAAGUUAGCCCUCCCAUAUUUUUUCCCGUUACUUAUUGGCUCAUUUUAUAGCAAAACAAAAAGAAUUGCCCAAACAAAAUGUUUAGAGCAAGAAAUUUCAAUGAAAUACUUGAUUCUAUUAAAAUGCAGAGGUGCUAUAACAUUCAAAGUGUCAGAUACCUUGGGAGUGUGGAAAACCUAAAUAAUGGUGCUUCUCCCUUGGAAAUGCCAUAGGAAGCCCACAACUGCUAACACUCAACAAUUUUGGUGCAAAAGCAAACAGUUCCAGCAAGCUCUAAAGAAAAACUCAUUAUAACUUAUAUUAAAAUAAUAUAUGGUGCAAAGUAUCAGUUUCAAGCUUUUGACUAGUCCAACUAAAGGAAUAUGAAGGGAUUGUAUAUAACAAAUACCAUUGGUAGACCAUCAUCUUGUACAAGUGAAUUUCUGCUUCUUGAAUAUGUAAAAUAGGGUGAUUCAUUGACUUGUUUUAGUAUUUUGUGUGCCUUAGAUUUGCGUUUUAAAACAUGUAUAUUUUUGUGAGCCUAAGGUUUCUUAUACAUACAAGUAUAUAAAUAAGUGAUUGUUUAUUAUUUCAGCUGCUUUGAUAUCUACUAGUAUUAGACUAUCAGGAAUACACCCUUGUGAUAUUUCGUUUUAGAUAUUAGGCCUUAGCUCCCACUAGAAAUUCUCUCACCAGAUUUAAUGAAUCAAGUUUUAAGACCCUUUAUCCAUCCACCCAUCUUCCUUCCAUUCAACACUUCCUGAAUGUCUGCAGAAUUUAAAUAUUAGCUUUGGUUUUUCUUUGAACUGCCACCCAUGGUAUACGUGAAGAAUUGAAAUCCUAAAAGAUGCUUUGGUCCAUGCUUUUCAAAGAAACAGCAAAUUUCCUUCAAAAGAAUCCAUUGGUGGGGGGGGGGGGGCGGCUGGCUGGCUCAGUUGGUAGAGCAUGUGACCCUUAAUCUCAGGGUCGUGAGUUCAAGCCCCACAUUGGGCACGGAAUCUAUUUAAAACUGAAAACACAGAAAGAACAAAAACAUCCGUUGUAAUAUAUCUGCAGCAGUUCAAGUUAGUGUCACUAACUUUGAGGUUUCUUAACAACUGAACUUGAAAUGGCAGUGUGACUUAGAGGAAUCCUGGAAUUUGUGAAGUUGGCUGUAGCUGCCCAAAGCCAGUACAUGAAAAUGUCCCUUCUCAACUAAAAUGUUUCCAUUCCAUUAUUAUAAUUAACACCAUCAAUGUCCUGCCUCAACUGAUAACCCAUGGUGGGAACCACAUGUAAUUCCCACUUUGUUGGACUCUACUUCAUAAAUUAACAGUUCACCAUCCCAUUGUCUGCCCUGUGAUUUUUUUUUUCUUUUUAAAAGCUCAUGCUUAUUCAGUGUUCUCCAGCAUUGUGAUUGUAUGCUAGUGACACUGCUUUUAAGAAGCAAGGAAAUAAAUUUGUUUGAAAUGACAUUUUCACCAGAAAACUGGUCAUCUAACAUUAUUUCUGCACCUUCUAUUAUGUUUAUCUGUAGCGAUCACCUUUUGUAUUACCUGUUUUAUACUACUCAAAAUGAGUUUUUCAAUAUUCUGCCUUUGUUCAUGGUAUGAUAAUUGAAUUAGUUGAUAUGUGACCCCCCAAGUUAACCCAACUGUCCAUAGUAUGUUACAAACAUCCUAACUACAAUGAACUGCCUAUUUUAGAAACCCACAAAAUAAGCACGCUGUCCUUCAAAAUCCCAUUUCUAAUGGCUCUCAGAGCAUGAUUGAAAAAAAUUUUUCUUAUGCUUAUCAGCCUCACCUACAUCUUUCCAGUUCAUCCACAAAGUACCAAAUACAUCAUGUCAUAGACCUAAUUGAAAUAUAUUAUUGGAAAGUGAGGCAAGCUGAAAAUGUAUAGCUGUAGGUAAAUUUUUGCAACACAUUAGCAAAAUGUUUGCAGCUUAACCUUCCAACAUCUUUGUUAUGCAAUCUGCAUGUGGAUGAAAUAAUUUGUUAAAUAUAGAACUUCAACUAGAUGAGAUCCAUAAGCAAUUAGUUAAGACAUAACCCCAAUACAUACUUAAUUGAAUGCAUACCCUUGUAUAAAUGAGAUACCAGUUCAUACCAAGUAACCUACUUUCUAAUGUUACUACUUCAGUGGACUCAGCUGAUUAUCCUUUAUUCCACAAUAGCAUGUAUGAAAAUAACCCUAAACUACUUAAGUUUACUCUUUGAAACAAAUUCAAUUGAGGUUUUUUUUAUCUGGGACAAAGUUUUGACAAUGCAUGACAACUUCCACCAAUAGUGGGCACAUUAUUUCCUUCGAAUGUGCCUAGUAAAUCAGUAGCUGUCAUAUGACUUUUUAAUAAUAUAUAGCUACCUUCUAUUUCACAACUUCUUGAUGCAUGGAAAUUUCUUUUUUUGUCUAGAGUUAGUACAACUAUGAAUUUUGGUCUUCUGUAAAAAUUUAUGAUGAGAAUUGUGAAAUAAUAUGGUAGUGGCCUCCCACAACUCUAGAACUCACACCUUAGAAGUCACACAGUUCAAUCACGGGCCCAGAGAGCAGUUGUUAAUGUCAGUGUGUACUUAAGUUUAUAAUGAGAGUUCAAACUAUUAAGUGGAGGCCAUUUUGUGUUUUGGAGAACUGGAGGAAACAAACUUGAUUUGCUCACCCAGAGAGUAUCUUAUCACUGGGAAAUAACCUGAUUGUGGUACAAGUAAAAAAUCAAAAUGGCUUUUUAUUUUUUCUGUUGGGUUUUGUUGUUUUUUUCUGAGAGAUUCAGGAAAACAAGACAAGUGAAAUUGAAUCAAGAUUCCCCUGCCUGCAGAGUUUCGUGGGCCUUGUGUGGGAAAUCUAGCUGACUUUUACCUAUGACACUGUCCUGUUAACUCAUCCAACAAAAUGUGGCAAUAGUCUUAUUUGCGAUUUCAAUAAAGAAAUAUCAAGUACUUAUAUAGUACAGGCUUUUAUUUCCCCUGAUAAAAGUAUUAGGCAUAUACAAGGAGUUAGAAAAAAUUGAGUGGUUGAAAGAAUUGGGGGAAAAUACCAAUUGUAUAUAUUACCUAUGGUUGUACAGUCUAUUCCCACUUCUUGCCUAGUUGGCCUCACAAUGAAGUCUAAUUUACUUUGAUGUGAUUGUCUACAUGUAUUAGAAUACUGUUUUAUUGUGCACAGCUCCGAAACUUGCCCAGAAGUGUAUUGAACUUGUAACUUCAACAUCAACAGUAAGGCACCCUCAACCAGGUGAUAGAAUGAGUGCCCUGAUUCCUAAAGAGUCUGGGUUUACCCAGAUCGAAUUGUGCUUGACAUUGUGCUUUCAUCUAAUAGAUUUAGAGAAUGUAGCCAUUCAUGGCUCUGGAAUGCAAGCCAGAGAAUCAGCGUGUCAGAAGCUAAAUUUGUGCAUUUUCUUAGAGUGUAUUGAGAUUUACUGGCUUUUUUCCCUUUUCUCAUUUAUAAAAUAGAGUCUAAGUUACUCUGUUCAUUUUGGAGAUGGUAAAAUUGGCUUUUAUGCAAGAAGACAUCGCUCUUUUUGUCCACAUUGAACUCUAGAAACUUGAAUUCUCUGCAUUCCAAUAUCUCUGGAUGUCUGUUUCAGUCCCUGUUCUUUCUGGGCACCCAAUCAAAUACCAUUGUUUACUUCAAAAGGCAUACAUUUUAUUCCUUCGGGUAAUGCAAAGGUUUUCCUUACUUGGCCACUUGUAAUGUUCACUUCUCCUUUAAGGGCCCCACAAUGUGUUUCCCUAUUGAUAGUAUGCAACGUUUAAUUUUUCUGGCUUUAAAAGUACAACACUCAUUUCUGCGUUAUUGGCUAUAGUUUUCCGAUCCCUACUGUGAUAUCCAUGAUCUGCAUGGGUCACAAGUUUUUCUUGUUUCUUGAUGUCCCCUAUAAUUAAAGCAAAACUUAGUCUAAGGUAGGAAUGUUAUUAUCAGAUGUUAAACACAUUACCUGAUUUAACUGAUCUAUGUUUGAAUGCAACUUGGGAAGCCCUUGUUUAAGAAUAUAAACCUAGUUUUCCUAAAAAUAGAAAUUUUGUCCCUAGCAGCUGUUAUGAAAGGCAUUCUUUCUCUCUUGUCUUGUUCAUCAGAAAAAAAUAUCACAGCUGUCAGAAGCAUGUUCCCUUUUGGAGAAACAGUACUGAAAAGUAAUUUUGUUCUUCAUUUAGCUAAGUAUAACCAUCUUUGACCAGAAUUUCUACUUGUUUUCUUUUUUCAUUUUACUGAAGCUAUGAUGUCACUAAGUGUACUUUCCUUUCUUUUUACAGUUUUUGAUCCUUUCCUCUGAUUUUCCUUAAAUUAAAACUCUGUUGCUUCCCCUCUCUGUUCUCCCUCCAUUCCCCAUGUCCCCUACACAAAUACACAUGGUUCGUAUUAAGAAUAGCAGUGAUCUUGGUCAAGUUGUCUUUUUCCUGUUUUCUAAAAUCAUGGUUCACAAAUCCUUCGUGGAAUAAUACCAAAAAGGAUCAUGAUCUUUUAUGUGGUCAUUUCCUGUUAGAGGCAAAUUCAGUUUUUAGGAAGAAAUAGUGGUCACAAGGCCCGGUUAGCAUCCACUUCUCUUUAACAAUCCCAACAAUAUUUGUUUUGUUUUGUUUUGUUGCGUUUUAAAUCCCAACAAUGUCUGACUCAACAUGUUUAUUAGUGUUUGAGUGUUUUGCAAAAACUUUCAUUAGAAGUUAAAUGUUCUAGCAUUAUUUCUACAUAGCUUUGUAAUUUCUGUAUGACGCAUCAUACUAAUUAUAAGUUGUCUGACCAGUGGCUUUGAAUUAAUAAUGGGUCUGAUUUAUACAGUAGACAAUAUUUUCUUUUCACAUGUUUUAUCUCCCAGCCUAGUUUUGUGCAUGGUAUUUACUUGCCAGUGCAAAUUUACCCCUUUGGAAUUUGGGUUUUGGCAAUAAUAGGAACUAUUCUGUAAUCUGGGUGAGAAAGGUUAAAAAAGAAUGAACUGAAAGUAAUUUAAGGAAUUCUUAAAGAUGGGAUAAAUCAGUUAUCAGGAGUCAUGAGUAUAACAGGACGAAGUUCAGGGGCAAGAAGGAGGGAGAAUUGUGUUCCUAUCAGCAAUCUGCAGGUUCACUCCACCAGCCCAACACCAAAACAUACUUUAAUAGCUCUUCUCCCCACCCCAUGACAGUUUUAUGUGAAAAAUAGCAGCUCAAAAUGAGAAACCAUUGUGAAUGCAAAUAUGGUAGUAAGAAAAAUUAUAAUCCCUGUACUUUAUAUAAUGUUGUAGCUUAUCAAACUGCUUUGCUGUGUGUCCCUUUUUCUUCCGAACACUGAAGGUUGGACAGAUGUCCAAAUGUUCCCAUCUUACUGGUGAUGGGAACCUGCAUAUUGGCAAGAAGAGCAAAGGCCAUGCUCCAAGUCAUAGAGCAGGUCAACCCAUCUGAGACCAAACCAUUUCAUAGCCGCAGACUGCGGAAGGCAUCUCUGCACCAUAAGCUAUGACUUAGAGAACGUUAUUGAGUAGAAAUUUUGUCAGAUCUAAUCUAAGAAUAAUGUAAAACCUACUUAUUGUAUGCAAAACAUUCUUCUGAAGUAUUUUGUUUCUACUAUUUAUUUAGCAGGUAGUUUUUUGUUAUGCAUACUUUGGAAGGUCUCCCAAAUUCCCAAGACUUCUGCAUUUUAGGAUUGAAAUUAAUGAAGCUUUAGUUUUUCCCUGUAAAUAAACUUUUCAAUAAAGAAUAUCCCUGUGCUACUAAAACAAAGGGAAACCUCAAUAAUAUUUGUCUUAAAAAUAUUAUUUUUAAAAAGACUGAGAUCACCAACUCAUAAUCCAAGUUUAAUGUAUUUGUUAUAUUGAAAUGCAGGUUUCUAGAAGGGAAUAUGCUGGGUAAGCUAUUUUAGUUCCCAGGUGCUCAUGGUAAAAAUAUAGACUUGUUGGCAUCUCAAAAAAAACAGUACUGUCUCCCACUUACUUAAAUUUGUUUUGUUUUGUCUUUUGUUCCACUUUGUUUACACAUACCUUUGCCCUGAGAGUUAAGAAAAAUAAUGAGAUGUAUUUGUAAAGUUUUUGGUAAGCUCUUUAUAAAUAUAAAGAGGUGGGAUGCUUUAUGCUGUUCCAUCAGUACGUUAUGGGUUGCUAACAAAAAACCCAAACUUCCCUAAGUAGUCAAAUAAAUCCACUUUUGGUGAUUUGGUUCAGUAUCUGCCCAUCCUCACUAAGGCCUCUUUGUGAUAUUAUAAAAUGGCUGGCCACAUAGGACUUUACAAAAACAGCUCUU